GCAAAAAUUAUAACGGUGAUAACGUUUUCCGUCACCGCAAAAGAAAAACUCAAAAACAAAAGCAAAGAACUCAUCUUCAACCUCUCAAUCAUUAGGGUUUCCCUGAUUAUCAAGUGAUCAACCCCACAAAUCAUAGUUAUCAUCUAUGGACGAUCCUACGCUAAGCAAUCAACGCAAUCAAUCUGUUCCUUCAACUCCAAGUCUCAACGUCCCGACCACAAUGUCCGACUCUUCCUUCCACCUCGAAAACCUUCCGUAUCGGACAAUGCACAUCAACCGGAUGAUCAACUCCAGCUACAACCGCUCUCCAUCGCGCACAAUUUACUCCGAUAGGUUCAUCCCUAGCAGAUCCGGCUCCAAUUUCGCCCUUUUCGACAUCUCCAAUUCUCCCACUUCAACCGAAGGAAAAGAAGACGGUUCCGGUACUUAUAACAGCCUUUUACGCGCCGCUCUUUUCGGUCCCGAUACGCCCGACAAGAAGGACUCGUUGGACGCUCCGGCUUGCCGGAAUAUUUUCCGGUAUAAAACUGAAACUAAACGGUCGUUACACUCGCUUUCUCCUUUUGGGCUCGAUGACUCGGUCCCGGGGAUUAGCCAUAGCCCCGUUAAAGCUCCUAGGAAAGUUCCCAGGUCACCUUACAAGGUUUUGGAUGCACCUGCUUUGCAAGAUGAUUUUUAUUUGAAUUUGGUGGAUUGGUCUUCGAAUAAUGUGUUGGCGGUGGGGUUGGGGAAUUGUGUUUAUUUGUGGAAUGCUUGUAGUAGUAAGGUGACAAAGUUGUGCGAUUUGGGUAUUGAUGAUAGUGUUUGUUCGGUUAGUUGGGCUCAACGUGGAACUCAUCUCGCAGUUGGCACUAGCGACGGGGAAGUUGAGAUUUGGGAUGCUUCUCGCUGCCAGAGGGUAAGAACAAUGGAGGGGCAUCGAUUACGCGUUGGGGCUUUAGCUUGGAGCUCUUCUCUGCUAUCUUCUGGUAGUCGUGACAAGAGCAUUCUUCAAAGAGAUAUACGUGCUCCAGAUGAUUUUGCUAGUAAACUCUCUGGUCACAAGUCCGAGGUUUGUGGACUGAAGUGGUCUUAUGAUAACCGUGAACUAGCAUCAGGCGGAAAUGACAACAAACUUUUUGUUUGGAAUCAACAUUCCACUCAACCUGUCCUGAAAUACUGUGAACAUAAUGCUGCUGUAAAAGCAAUCGCAUGGUCCCCUCAUUUGCAUGGCCUUCUUGCAUCUGGAGGUGGUACAGCUGAUCGAUGUAUUCGAUUCUGGAAUACAACCACUAACACACACUUGAGCUGCAUGGACACUGGCAGUCAGGUAUGCAAUCUUGUGUGGUCUAAGAAUGUCAAUGAACUCGUCAGCACUCAUGGAUACUCUCAAAACCAAAUAAUCGUCUGGAGAUACCCCACCAUGUCGAAGCUGGCUACUCUUACGGGUCACACAUACAGAGUUCUUUAUCUUGCAAUCUCACCUGAUGGACAGACGAUAGUUACUGGUGCUGGAGAUGAAACACUAAGAUUUUGGAAUGUUUUCCCGUCCCCAAAAUCCCAGAACACAGAUAGUGAAAUCGGAGCAUCAUCAUUUGGAAGAACCACAAUUCGUUGAGUUCAUCAAGGAAAAUUGAGUGGACGGUAUACUUGAGUUCUGGAUGAUCAGAGUUGGUGAUGAGAAAUAUAGUGGGAGCAUUCUCAUGCUCCGAAAAAUCAAAUUGUGAAGCAAACCUACCACAAAAGCAUUGAAAGAAAUAGCAACAGGUGCAAGAGCUAAUUUAUUGCUAGUUUCUUGCAACUCAUUGUUUUUUAAUCCCAAUUUUCUUUUUCGUUAAAAUAGAGUCGCGGGAGAUGCUAUUAAUUGUUGGUAGCAGCUCCCUGUCCCUUCCCUUCCACUGUAAAUUAAAAGUAAGUUGUAAGAUGCUGGGAUUUAGAUGUAAGUAAAUGCGGGAUAUGGAUACAUUUCAUUUUUUAUGAGAUUACAUUUUAUAUUUGAAAGUUAA